AUGGACCCAAGAGCACAAAUCUCAGGCAACAACAACCACACCAAUAACAACAUGGCCACAACGCAACAACCGAUCCUCACCACCUCACCUCAGCCUCACAACCCGCUCAGCCUCGCACCCAAGCAACCAAUCCCGUCCUCCGCACCCAGCAUACACGAGCGAUCAACAUCGCACCAUCCCCACACGCAGCCGUCCCAAUUGCCAGAAGCCAGCGGUCAACAGCAGAAUGCAAUGGAAAGCUAUCCGCACCAGGUGUCCGGAUCCGGGGGCCCGACCGCUACGGCGCCAUUCUUGCGGGACUUCAGCCUCGUCGCGGAGGCGGCCAAGCGCGCCCAGAUGUCGGUUAUGAUGCGGGAUUUGGAGGCGGUAACGCUAUAG